AUGGAUAUCCUCAAUGCUUAUCCGGACCGACCCGGAAACCGCCCGAUCUACACUCCGCCCAACGGACCUCCGCAAACGGAUCGCGUGCCGCCCGCUGUAUACGAAGCGAUGCGAGAGGACAACAUCACCGCCUACUUCCACGCUUUCUAUAAACGCCUCUCACAAUCUUCGAUCGCCCACAUGUUCCCAAAGAGCGAGAAGAAUCUCCUCCGCGCCGCCGACAAAUCCGCCGCGAUGUUCACCUUCCUCUUCGGCGGGCCGCACCUCUACCAGCAGCGCUACGGCCGCCCCAUGAUGCGUGCACGCCACCUCCCAUUCAUCAUCGACGAACCCGCACGCCAGGAAUGGCUCCGCUGCUUCAAAGAAACCCUCGACGAAGCCCCAGAGAAAUACGCCAUGCCCGCCGAGCACACCCAAAGCGUCUGGAAGUUCGUGUACGAUUUCAGUAGUUGGAUGGUCAACGCCCUACCAGAAUCGGUCCGCAAGGAUGCAAAAUCCAACAGCUCCUACAACGACAUCAACCAAUCGGACAUCAACACUGUGCUCGACAACUGGCACCUUGCCGCAUCCAAAGGCGAUCUUGAACGCUACAUCGGAGCAAUGACCGAGGGGGCGAUCUUCAUGGGGACCGACGAGCACGAACGCUGGACGCGUGCCGAGCUCCGCACCUAUGCCGAGCCACACUUCGCCGACGGACACGGCUGGACCUACACACCACGCGACCGAUUCAUCCGCACCAACGCCUAUGGCGAUGUCGCGUGGGUCGAUGAAACCCUCGACCACGACCGCUACGGCGUCCUCCGCGGCACAGCCGUGCUGCGCGAGAACGGCGAGGACAUCAUCAACGCUAUCUUCGCGUCGAUGGGGUACAAGCUGGAACCGAUCAGGACGAAGAACACGCCGAGCGUGCUUGCUUCGGAUCCGUUCGAGGCGCAGCGUGGCAUACUUGAAAAGUUGGAAGUGUCCGAUCCAGUGAUUCUGGAUGUGGGGGCGAACAAGGGGGACACGGCAGCGUUGUAUCGCUCGAUGUUUCCAGGAGCGAAGAUCCACUGCUUUGAGCCGUUUCCGGAGACGAUUGCUCAGCUUGAGGAUCGGUUUGGGUCGGAUGCGGGGAUCACGAUUGUCCCCAAAGCGGUCUCGACGGAGGUGGGGGAGACGACCUUCUUUGUGAAUCACGCGGCAGCGACGAACUCGCUGCUGCCUCGUCCAGAGCAGGAUCGGUUGUAUCCCGAGUCCGCGGGUCCAAAGGGUGAGAUCAAGGUCGAGACGGUGGAUCUGGAUUCGUAUUGCGCUUCAGGGUCGAUUGAUCGGGUGGGUAUUCUGAAGCUCGAUAUCCAAGGCGGGGAGCUGAUGGCGAUCGGGGGGGCGGAGCGGUUGUUGUCGGAGCAGUUGGUGGAUGUGGUAUACAGUGAGAUCCAGUUUGUGCCUUUAUACGAAGGGGCGGCUCAGUUUGAUGGGGUGUGGUCGAAGAUGCGCGAGCUGGGGUAUGCGCUGUUUGAUGUGUACGACCUGCAUCGUUCGCAAGGCGGACAACUGCUCUACGGCGAUGCAUUGUUUGUUUCUCAGCGCAUACAGGAACGGGUCAUCCGCACCUUAGCCGGAAACAGGUCGUAG